AUGACCACUGUCGUACCAACAACCCUAGAUCAAGCUUAUUUAAGCAAUUUUGCAUCAUCAUGUAAUGGUUAUUAUAGUAGUAAUAACCCUAAUAGUAAUUUUUAUGGAGUUGGUAACAUGCAUAAUAAUAGUGUUAAUGGGUUGUUUUUUGAAGAAGUUGAGUCUCAAAAUAGUGAGGUAAGACAUGAAGAACAACGAUCAUCGUCUAAACAUGAAGAACAAUCUCUCGUGUUUGAGGGGUGGAGAUCAUCUAAGGGGAAAAAAAGAAAAGCUUGUGCUAUAGGGCAAUGGUCUACUGACGAAGACAGUCGACUCAAGAGCUUGGUAGAAAAACAUGGUGAACGUAAAUGGGCUUUCAUCGCAGAGAAGAUGGUAGGAAGGGCAGGGAAGCAAUGUCGUGAAAGAUGGAUUAACCAUCUACGGGAUAAUAUCAAGAAAAUUGAAGAGUUUAAUAGGAAGUGGAAAGGUGAGUUUUCAAAUAUAGAGAUAAUGAAAGAUGCAUGGGACGAGGAAGAAGAGAGGAUGCUAGUAGAGGCUCAUGAGCAAUUUGGCAAUUGA